GCCUCACAGAUCAAGCAUCCACAGGCAUCAGAGGCGGCACAAGAAAGAAAAGCAGUCUCCAGAUUCUCAGCAAGAGAGCAGCUCUGGCCGGGGCCUGAACCACCUUCCCCAUCAGAAGAGCCACUUGCAGGAUAAACUCCUUCCAGGCUCUGAAGGUGGAGUGACCUUGCAUGAAAUGCCAAACGGGACCGUGAGCAAUGCACUGCUCUGAAUGGCCCUUGUGGGCCAAUCUCCCUGGCUUCAGAGGUUUAUAAGCAUCAGGCAGCUGACAACAAACCCUUCCACUGCCCCAACUGUGGCAAAAGGUUCACUGCAAAGACGUCGGUGACCAGGCACCAGCUGCUGCACCGAGGUGAACGGCCCUUCAGGUGUUGCUACUGUGACAAAAGCUACAUCCAGAAGAGCCACUUGAAGAGGCAUGACCAGCAGAAACAUCAACCCAUUCAUUAAUUGGAGACUAGCUCUGAACUUGCAUCAGAGAGCAGCAAGAUAUAAGAGAAAUACCUUGUGUCAGCAAGGAAACAAUUGAACAGGCAAGCCUGAGAAAUGAUUUGAAUCUCUGGAAUGUCAAAGAGAUGUUCAGCACUCCCAUAAAAUUGGGGCCUAAUAAAUCAUCCAGCUGGACCAGUGAUUACAACAGUAUGAGUGACUCUCAGUUCCUUUUUGGUUCCCAGUUCUGCCCAGAGAAUUCACAGCCAGCUUCGGCCCCUCUUGAAUUUAGACACGACAAAAGCUCACAGCAAAAUUCUCAGGAUAAUGAGCCCAGUAUUUUUGCCAAAUACCAGUCUAAACCACAGCUCUUUGGAGGUGAUGGAAAGGAAAAAGGAUCACUUAAUUUUCCAGCUGGAGGAUUCAAAGGUGUCUUGGAGCAAUUUGAAGAGAAUAAGAAAAAGAUCAAGGAAAAACAUGAUAAUGAGGUUUUAGACACCUUUAUUUUGAACACUAAAGAGAGUCUUCAAAGGUUGCAGUCUUCCUUAGAUAAGUUUGAAGAAACUUUGAAAUCUGUUUUGGAUGCCUUGGGAAGCCUUUCUAAGACAAUGCAAGAAACAUCUCAGUCUCAUUAUGAAUUGGUACUGAAUGCUUUGAGAGACAAAAAUGAAAUGGAGCAGACAUUACUGGGAAUGGAGAAAAGAUUGGAAAGUAAAGAUACAGAAAUCUCAGAUCUGAAAUCCAGCCUGCAAUUGCUAAAGAAGGGUUUGGAGCAAUUAACAUCUCAGCAGAAUGAGCAGCACUUGAAGCUCUGUGAACAACUAGGCCACCUGCAACUCCCUAGUAUUCUAGCUGAUUUGCAAACUUUCAUUUCUGCACCCAGAGUACCUAAUCAUAUAAAGGACAAUGUUUCCCAGACUUCUCCAGAAAUGCUGAUGACCCAACAACUUUAUGAUUCCCACCUGAGUGUUUUAAAUGCUCCUUCUGGAAGCCAGGUCAUUUCUACUGUUACUGCUUCACAGGGCAAUGAAAAUGUAAACGUACAGCAGAGAAGCCAUUUUCUAGCCAGAGGCUGUAACACUGACAAUCUCCUUUGCACCUGCUGCUCUAGCGCAGCCAUCUCUGCAGGCAGCCAUGAGGAAUCCUGGUUACUUACUCAAGAACCAAGUCAAGCCACACCACUGAGGAAAGUGAUCAAAAGAGACAACCGGACAAAGGGACGUACUACUCUGAGGGUUUCACAGUUUAAUGGGACUCACAUUGACAAUGCAGAUAGCCACAAAAAUGAGAAGCUGGCCGCAGAGAGCAAGAUGCAAAGUAAAGGUAGAGGAAGCAAAAUUAAAAAGAGAAAGCCCCAAAAAUGUAGCCAGGGGAAAAGACUUCAUUCAUCUGGGAAAGAAGGAAAUUGUUCAAAUGUUACGAAUUCCAGAAAAGGGUGUUCUAAGUCAGACAAGUCACAACACUCUUGUAAGGAUACAAGGAAUCCCAGUAAUUCUAAUUCUGGAUCUUUAGUUGUCAGUCAGAAAAAAAUGCCCUGGGGCCAGGAUGGGAAGGCAAAGAAAUUGAAGCUUGUGCUCCAGUCCCAUGGAAAUGAGCAGAAUAUGCCAAAUAUCCAAGUGACAUCUGGACUUAAAAAGAGGGUGGAUCCUUCCAGUCCAAAAAACAAUAGUUUCAGGGCAUGUUCCUCUUCAGAAAGCUCUUUUUCUCAAAACCAGUUGUGGUGGUUCAAUCUCUCUGAUAAUUACUCAUCUGCCUGGGCUACACCAGUGCAGCAGAAGACUACAACAUAUUGCCCAUUAUUUUUUGACAGUGAUUUUUCUGAUUAAGGAUGUUCUGCAAAAGAUGCUUCUUGCCUUUGUAAAAUGUUGUUUUGAAAACCUAAGUACAUCACAAGCAGUAAUAUGUUUUUCUCCUCAAAACUACCACAAUGCAUCAUUCUAACUCAGAGCAAAAUGGAUCUCUCUUCUUUUUUAAAAAUGUCUUGGGCCUAUUUCAGCCUUUCCCAACCAGUGUGCCUCCAGAUGUUGUUGGACCAUAAUUCCCAUCUUU